GAGUGCCACUCUGUGUUCAUGCCUAUGGAUCCUUCUUUAUUCCUCAGAAGCAGCUGAUCCAGUGGUUGCUUACAGCUUGUCACACAAGCUUUCAGCUCUCUAUGAAGCUAUACUUUUUAUCAUCUUUUUACAUGUUCGAAUCCAUGGAUUUCAGUGAUUAGAUCUUUGACGAUGAGUGGCCCGACCAGUGGAGAACAUCACUUCGUUCUCAUGAGUUGAUUUAUCAUCUUAUAAUUCAGAUGCAGAAUGUAAUCUUGAUGCUGGAAGAGGAAAGAGAGGCAAUGGAAUAGCUGGCAUACGUCUUGAUUUCUCCGACAAUGGGAUCUUUUUACUCUUUAUGCACGUCUUGGCAUUGCUCUGUUUUCCUCUGCGGUCUGCAACUCCCAAUUUCUCUCUUUAUACAGUGCUGAAAAAUCAUCAGAGGAUUAGAAGCACCAACCACAUGGGAAAGGAGUGUCUCAUUGCUGGCUAUAUUUAAGAGUAGCGCCCUCGGUUCCCGGGUGAAUGGUGCGCUCGAAGCGAAGCGAGAAGGGAGUAAGGAUCGCGAUGGGGGUUCUGCAAGAGGGGUCGUGGUGUUGCUUCCUCGCCGGCCGAGGAAAAUCGGAGCGGGUCAAAGUUAGCAUCUUCACCUCCAAGGGUCCCGCCUUGGCCGCCAUCUCCGUGGCCGUAGGUGCCGGAGGUGUUUGGGGCUGGGGUGGUGGAGGGACCGGGUUCCUCAUCCACCGCAAUCUUCUUCUUACUACUCACGCCAUCCUCCCGACGGUAGUUGCUGCUGAGGCCGCCGAAGUCCGCCUCUGCCAUGGCCGCCUCUCUGCCAGACUUGUGCCCCAAAGAUUCUUCAUUACAAGUUCCAUUCUUGAUCUUACAGUUGUGGGACUUGAUAUAAUGGGUGGUGACUCAUCCUCACAGGUGCAGCAGCCUCAGUACUUGAAAACCUGCUGCAAGCCUAGUCUUCAACUGGGUACUACAGUUUUUCUUUUAGGGCACACAGAUAAAAAAGAGCUGACAUUUGGUGAGGGAAAAGUAGUAAUAGCUACUGACAACCUCAUAAAAUUGACUAUGGAUGGGGUCACAUUGUGCCCUGGAUCUGCUGGUUUUGAUGCACAAGGAAAUCUAGCUUUUAUGGUAUGUGAUCCCAUGAAACUUGCCUCCUCUCCCAGUGCAAGAUCUUAUGCAUCCUCUUCAUCAACCAAUUCAUGGAAGAAGGAUGUUCCUAUGCAAUUUGGGAUCCCCAUUCCUGUCAUUUGUAAUUGGUUAUAUCAGCAUUGGGAAGGGAGCUUGGAUGAGGUUAGCAAGCCCAAGUUAUCUCUCAUUCGGUUGAUGACCACAGGACAGUGUGAAAAUUCUAAUGCUUCUUUCACCUUUUGCCGGGUCAUCAAGACCAAUGAGGACAACAAUGAUCGAUUGUCAUCAUCACAGAUGGUUCAACGGUCUAAAUAUUAUCCUGGAUCAAGCAGCUCAGCUAAUGGAAAAAGUUUCUACAAUGAAAACCCAAUUGCUGAUCUGCGUUUGACUCCCGAGCAGGGAAUUCUAUCUCCAGAAUUUUCUGGGUCUGUUGAGAAGAAAGACCAUGCCACAUUGCAGCUCUUGGAUGUUAGCAUGCUUUCCAAGGCUCCAAAAUCCAUAUUUUUACCACUUCCCCUCAGACAGAUGCUCUCUGAUGAAGCCAAUGUUGAAGGCCACAGACCUGGAGACCGAUCGAAUGAAAAUGGUUUUGUGUCACAAGAAUUAACAAGAGCAUAUCGGGAAGCUAAUCAUAAGGUUCCUCCUGUUAGUACGUGGCAAAAUAAUUGCUUCAGUGAGGUGCAGUCAAGUUCAUGUCCUUUGGAGAAUGGGAAGAAGGAUGGGUUUGAUAGUGGAGAGGAAACAAUGUACUCAGCUGAAACUAUGGAAAGCAGAAACAUCCCAAGUCCUCAACAAAACAAGCUCCAAACUGUUGCUAGAAGCCAGAGUUGUGUUAACUAUAACAGAUGGACUUUUGGUAAGCAAAACACAGUGGCACGGAAAGCAGUGUUACUGAAACAGCAUACGAUAAUUCCGAUACAGAAAUUGGAUUCACAAGCUGCAGCAUUACCUCAACGGAGUCAUGAUUAUUGCAGUCCGACCGUCUCCUCAAGCUUGAAGAAGCGGAACAGCUUAGAGCAGAUGACGAGACCUCAUCGAAAUGUCAUUCAGGUGUCUCCCAGGUGGAUGUUUUGAUAAUCUUUUGUCCAUUGAAAACAAAGAGACAUAUAUCAAUUCUGCUUGUUGCUGUUUGAAAUAUCCUGUCGUAUUCUCCUCUUGCUGACACAAUAACAAAAUUCUUUUUGAAGAUUGUACACA